UUGAAUCACGACUUGAAGUUCGAGAGUACUGCGUACAAAGUGAAGUCAGAGUCUGCGUGCGCUCAUACAUAACCAACUAGAUCAUCUCUUGCGGGUCAGCGUAUCGGGUAACCCCCGAUUGAUCAUUCAUAUCAUCUCCAAUCAAACUGCUACUAGCACUUUGUCCAGCACUUCGAGGGUCACAAUAGAGAUGAAGCAGACACCGCCUUUAAGUCUUGGUGUGGAUGACAAGAUUGGAGAAGGGGACUCUAGCCUCGUGCUUAACGUGCUCCCCCCUGAAUUAUGCGACACAGCGUUCAAGCAGAUGAUAGACGAGGUUGAUUGGAAUGUGAUGUAUCAUCGUGGUGGUGAGGUACCAAGGCGCGUGGCGGUCGAGGGGGAGAUCGCACAUGAUGGAAGCUUCCCAAUUUACCGACAUCCUGCAGAUGAGUCACCUGCGCUUCGGCAGUUUUCCCCAACGGUAGCUACCAUCCGCGAGCAUGUGGAGAACAUUCUUGAUCACCCCGUGAACCAUGUCUUAAUUCAACACUACCGUAGUGGUGCGGACUACAUCUCAGAGCACUCUGACAAGACAAUCGAUGUCGUGCGUGGAUCGAAGAUAGUUAACGUCAGCCUAGGCGCUCAACGAGUGAUGACACUUCGCUUGAAACGAGAUGGGGUGCAACAGGCGGGUAACAGCACUACCCCACGACCAUCACAAAAAAUUCCGUUACCUCAUAAUUCAAUGUUCGUUCUUGGUCUCGACACGAAUGCGAAAUGGUUGCACGCAAUUAACCAUGACAGACGUCCGAUCCAUUUGAAGUCCGCAGAGGAACAAUUCAUGAACGGAGAGCGCAUCAGUCUCACGUUCCGUCAUAUCGGCACAUUUCUUACCAGGAAUAAAUCGCGUAUAUAUGGCCAAGGGGCCAGGGGGAAGUUCUGUGACUCGGGUCACGCAAUAAUUAGCGGCGGAGAGGAAGCUGCGAAACUCUUGGAAGCGUUUGGUAAGGAGAAUCAGCAGAGCGACUUCGACUGGGAAGAAGUGUACGGAGAGGGUUCCGAUGUCUUACAUUUCACUUCGAGGGAAAGCCAGCUUCGGUGUUAAAGUUACUGUAGUAAUUGUACUGAUUAGAUUAAACACCCGCAGUGAAGUAUAAACUACGUUAUCAUUGUUUCUGUUGUUCUUCAUGUUUCCCGCCUAGCAACAGCUAGUGCGCAA